AUGGAUCAGGACUUGAACAUGGCUGUGAGGAGAAGAAUGGCUUGCAUGGCCAAUCAUAUGAUGACGCCAGCUGAAACGGGUCUAGAAAAUGAAUUUGGCUCUGUUUCUCUGUCCAACUGCAGCUCUCCGGUGGAGGACAGCUACAGCCGGACUCACCGUCCGGUCCCAACUCACCCACCUGUUUGGCAAAGAAUUCUAACUGAUGAUACCGGAAAAGCGUUUGAAGAUAUUAUUUAUGAAAAGGCCGUCGGAGAAGGCAUUGCCAAGAUUACGAUUAACAGGCCGGAAAGAAGGAACUCCUUCAGGCCACAAACGGUGAAAGAACUCAUGAAGGCAUUUAAUGAUGCCAGGGAUGAUAUUAAGAUUGGAGUCAUCAUUUUCACCGGAACGGGUACAAAGGCAUUCUGCAGUGGUGGCGAUCAAUCCUUCAGAGGCAAAAAUGGGUACGCUGAUUAUGACAAUUUUGGACGUCUGAACGUUUUGGAUUUGCAGGUUCAAAUUCGCCGGCUUCCCAAGCCAGUGAUUGCUAUGGUGGCUGGUUAUGCUGUUGGGGGUGGACAUGUCCUGCAUAUGGUCUGUGAUCUUACAAUAGCCGCGGAUAAUGCCAUUUUUGGUCAGACAGGUCCAAAGGUUGGUAGCUUUGAUGCUGGUUACGGAGCUUCCAUUAUGGACCGCUUGGUUGGGCCAAAACGGGCUAAAGAAAUGUGGUUUCUUGCUAAGUUCUACACAGCUGCAGAAGCAGAAAGAAUGGGGCUUGUGAACAUUGUUGUUCCUUUGGAGAAUUUGGAACAAGAAACAGUGAAGUGGUGCCGAGAGAUAAUGAGGAACAGCCCGACGGCGAUCCGAGUUUGCAAAUCGGCGGUGAAUGCAGCUGAUGAUGGCCACUCUGGACUUCAGGCACUUGCUGGAGAUGCAACCCUCAUGUUCUAUGGCACCGAAGAAGGCAAUGAGGGAAGAUCUUCCUACCUCCAGCACAAGCAACCUGAUUUCUCCAAGUUCCCUCGGCUUCCUUAAUUUCACCAUUUUAUUAUUCCUUUUGGCUCCUCCUUUCUGAUUUGCCAAAUUGGAUCAUCAUUGUUCAAUUUUAUUGUAUCUCUAUGUGGGGUGCUUUGAUGAAUGACCAAUGCUCCAAUUAUGUACUACUAUUACAAUGAGUUAAGGUCAUUAAAUAACAAAGUUUAUUUCAAAAUCUAUGUCCUUCUAAUUAUAUGAAGAAUUAUAAAAUUUCUUAGCAAAGUCUUGUUUGAUUAAGUUGCAAAUGGU